GCUCAGCUGUAUUUCUGUUGGCUGAGUGCAGACCCUGCCCUGAUUGCCUUCUAUCCAUGUGUAUUGACGUGUAGAGAGCAGAUGGAGGCAGAGGGACUGAUCUGAUCUGAUCUCUAGUCCUCAGAGGUCAUUCUCGCUACAGUUACAGCCACUUGUUGCCAAAUUGCUGAGAGACCGCGAGCGCGUCGCGAAGCCGUUUUUAUAAAGAGCUAUUUCGUUGCUUUCACGACACACAUCUAGAUGUUAAGAAGGGAAUACAACUACUUCUGACUUUGUUUGGGGAAAAAGGUCACUUUUGAGCAAAUUCUUCGCAUUUGACGGAAGAAGCAUGGUUGACAACACAAGCAUAGCAACUAAAUCUGCACUGCAAGCCGCUUUCUCGUCGGCGAGCACCCUUCCUCUGCUGGUCAGCUCCUCCGGCGCUCACAGUAACUCGAGCGGCGGCAGCGGGAUGAAGCUGGAGGCGGUCAUGGAGAACCUACAGCGACAGCAGGCGGCUCGACUCGCUCUGGAGGAGAAACUCCGCCAAGCCGAGAAGGAAAAAGACAUCAGGUCUAUGGUGGAGUCGCAAAUUCAUCAGCAAGCUAUUGCUUUCCGCCACUAUCAAGCAGCGGUGAGGGGAGCGUUCGCAUCGGGAGCCCCGAACUCGAGCUCCGGCUACCCACACGAGCGCACAGCCGACUCCGACAUCGAAGAUGAUGAUGACGACCCAGACCUGGACCGCGGCAUGGAUGAUGAAGACCGCGACUUGGAGGAAGAUGACAGUAUGAACGAGGCUGGAGGGGAUGACGAUUUGGAAGGACCCCUCGCUCACUACCCUCCGCGCCUUGCUGUUUAUCCCGGUGCCGGGCAGUCUCCAAAAAGUACCCCGAUACAUCUGUCCAGAGUCCAGCCAACCUAUGCAGCUCCAAGGCAGGCUGAAUCACCGAGUGGUCUGGCAUCACAAGCACAAUCGCAGCACCACGAAUGGACUUAUGAGGAGCAGUUCAAACAGUCAGGCCAAGGCAGCGGGCCAGAGAGGAAGCUGAAAGAUUCGAGUGUUGCUUUCGGUGGCAGUGGCUCUUCGUCUCUGAUUCAGGAGCUGUACGAACUGGACGAUGAUGAGAAAAGAAAGGAGUUUCUAGAUGAUCUCUUCAGUUUCAUGCAAAAAAGAGGGACUCCAGUGAAUCGGAUUCCUAUCAUGGCCAAGCAGGUGUUGGAUCUCUACACUCUCUACAAGCUUGUCACCGAAAAAGGCGGCUUAGUGGAAGUCAUCAAUAAGAAAAUAUGGCGCGAGAUUACCAAAGGCCUGAACCUGCCUACCUCCAUCACCAGUGCGGCUUUCACCCUCCGAACACAGUAUAUGAAGUACCUCUAUCCUUAUGAAUGUGAAAAGCGGGGACUGAGCUCUCCCGGGGAGCUUCAGGCAGCUAUCGACAGCAACCGGCGCGAAGGCCGGAGACAGAGUUAUGGCUCCACCCUCUUUAACUACUCCCCCGUGGGCACCCCCACCCUGCUGGCUUCCCCAAAACUCCAGAUGCCCCACAUCAGCAUGCCCACUCCCAACGGUGGGCACAUGACUCAGACUGUCAUCAAGAAAGAGGACUCGCUGCUGUCCAGCUGCCUGACUAACAGGAUGGGCAUCCCUGUGUCUUUGGCCAGCCACCACAACGCAGCUCAGGCUGCAGCUGCAGCAGCUGUGCAGGCGGCCGCAUUGGAGCAGCUGCGGGAGAAGCUGGAGUCUGGAGAGCCACCGGAGAAGAAAGUGAUGCUCAUGGCAGAGGAGCAGCAGAGGAUAAUGCAGCAUGCAUUACAGCAGAAUCUCUUCGCCAUGGCUACCCAGCUACCCAUGAACAUCAAACUGAACAGUAGAGGUGGGUGCAAGGAAGAUGAUAGACAAGAGACUGCAUUGAACCUGUCUACCAACGGCAUUAGCAGCAUCAACAUGUCAAUAGAAAUAAAUGGGGUUGUCUACACAGGAGUCCUGUUUGCUCGUAAGCCAGCCAUAGGUUUCGUGCCAGGCAGCCAGCGAAUCCAUCACCAACACAGCUCUCAGGGAAAGAGCAGCAGCCCAGGGCUCAGCACCCAGAUGCAGCCGUCCUCCUCUUCCUCCUCCACCGCCUCCUCACACGGACCAGCCACCUCCCCUUGAGCCCACAACACCUCACUCAACUCUCCCCCGACGUCAGAUAAGGCAGGGUCUUUAGGUCAUUCUGCUGGACCGCUUUUUUUCUCUCUCCGUCAAUGUACAAUGUACACUUUCUACUGUUUUUCUAACCCUCCCCCUGCAAUCAGGACAGGAGCGUCCAUCACCGAAAAAACUUCCAUUAAAACAAAAGGCCGAGCACCGCACAUUUGAGGUGUGGUACAUUCACAUAUGCAGCAAGUUGCAGCUUGUAAUUUUGUUCUUCUGAGGAUGCAUUGUUCAGCGUGGAGCGACUAAAACGUACUGCGUGACACAUGCCACGAACACAAGGAGCGUUGUGUGACUUUCAGAGGAUGGGAUG